CGUUCACACUGCACACAUCCCGGGUCGAUUCCAGCUUCAACCCAGGUCACGACCUCGGAUGAAAUGCCGGGACGCUUGGCCGGGAUAUUCUUUUAGGACCCUUUCAGACUAGGCAAAAUCCCAGGUUGAUGUGCGUUCACUUGCAAUAACACAGGACAUUUUUCUAGUCUGAAAGGGGUAUAACAGGCAGGAAACAACAGUAUGACAAUACUGGGAACAUGAAGAAGACCGAGGCGGAGCCAGUGUCUCGGGUGCCCAGUAAGGGCAAUGACUCCCACCUCCUGAGGGUUCCCUUCUCUGCUCCAAACUAAACAUAAUGUAUGUGCUGUGCAGCCUGCACGUCAUGUGCCCUGAAUUCUCAGAUCCAUUGUAAUCUAAUUUGCCACAUUUUUGUGAAUGGAUCCAGAAAGCUGGAAAAUGGCAGCAACCAACUUUAAAUUUCUGAAUCAGGGAAGUGACACAACUGCACGCAAAACCUUACAAGUAUAUCAUGGCAAGUACUUAACGACAGAACGAUUUGUGAAGAGGACAACCAGUGUAUUAAGAAAUGAAGAGUCUGCAAAGCUGGAAGCCAGAUACAUACAUGCCAGCAGAAAAGCCAGCCAUAGUCAUUACCCCAUGUCUGUUGAACACGGGGAAGUGAAAAGAGCUUUUUCUGAGGAAAGCCGAACAAAUGCUAGCAAUAAAUAUUCCAUAAACAAAUGGGCUGAAUCGGUACCAAAUCAGACGCACCGCAGAGAAAAUGUAGCACUUACUGCCUACAGCAGAGAUUCACAUAACUUAAAGUCGCCUUUUGGGGUGGAAGUUAAAAGAUCGCCGGUUCUAAUGAGGGAUGCUAGUCGUACUUUUAUUCCGCAAAGAGAAAAGACAAAUUCCCAAAUUUUCAGGGAAGGUGUAAAGGCAUAUGCCGCCACUUACACUGAUGCCAAAGAUUCAGUCUCGGUCCUGUGCAACAGGACUAAAGUCCCUGGGGGAAAACACAGACUAAUAAAUACAACCCCUUUACAAGGUAAUGAAGAAGUACACUGUGAAGAUAAGCGUUAUCUUGGAAUUCCAUUUAAUCAUUCCCAUAAGCGGAUUAUGGUGCAAAAUAAUGUGCCGCAUCACAGUGAGACAAGUGGACCAUGGAAAAGAAUGAAAAUAAAUGAUCAAGAAUCCUCAGCCCGCACAACGGAUAGAGUGCACCAGAAAAUGUUUGAGCAACACCGGUUACCUUACAAGGACAUACCUAGUGGAAGUGGUGCGUUUACCCAUACUGACGGUGGCAAAACUGUCGCAUGUAGGUCUACAGUAAAUAGAAUACAAAGAGAUAAAUGUAGAAGUUCACUAACUGAUAAGACAAAAGGGGAACUUACAGUUUCUAAACAAAAAGACAAGCCCAUAGGAAGCUCCACAUUUAGGAGAUUUCUCCUCAUUGAUAGUCAAGGGCUGCCUUACACUGUGGUUGUAGAAGAACCUAAAUCUACAAAACUGAGUAACCCGAUCAAUGAGUACAGCUCAGAUAGCACGCAUGCUGGUGUCUCCAAAUCGUUAGCUCCUCGAAAGGUUUAUAAAUGUCCAGUGUGCUUUAGGAUAUUUGAGUAUCUCUCCUACCUCCAGAGACACAGCAUUGCCCAUUCUCAACAGAAGCCUCAUGUGUGCAAGAUUUGUGGCAAAGCUUUUAAAAGGACUUCGCACCUCACACGUCACAAGUACACUCAUUUCGGUGGAAAGCCUUUCCAGUGCCAAAUAUGUCAGCGCAGGUUUCGGGAUGCUGGGGAGCUGACUCGUCAUCAGCAGAGCCAUACUGGAGAAAGACCUCACCAAUGUGAAGUUUGUAACAUGUGUUUCGGCGAACACAGCACUUUGCAACGUCACAUGCUUUCAAAACAUAUGAAAUAAGAAAGUAGACAGGGCACACUGGAAAGCAGUCAUCCACGUGUUGUACCUGAUUGCAGAAUGGUUAGCUUUAUUACAUGUUCUAUUGGUCCAUAUUUUAAAUUUUCGUCUUUGGGAUGAAUGAAAGAAAAGCAUAUUAUUCUAUGCUGUAGGAAAGAGUAUGGACCAAAAUCACACCUUAACUAUUUAGCACUUGCUUCCAGUAGAGAAGUCCAGUCCAUUAUGAAAUAAUGCACAUAUGUAGAUUUAUAUAUCGGUAGUAACCCAUUGAAUUCCUAACCUUGUACUCCUCAAAGUAGAGCGUACAGAUAGAAUGGUGCUUCCUUUUAUAGCUUUUUCUUUUGAAGCGUAUUUGUAAACUAAAUACCACCUUACACUUUUUCGUGAGAGUGAAACAGUAAAUAUGUAUUACACUGGAGCUGUCUGACGAUAGAGGAUUUAAGAUAAUUAAGAAUACAUAGACUUAUACAUUAAGCACUGCUCCAAUUUUUUUUUUCUCUCGAAGUUAAAUGUCUGCAUUAUAAAUGUAUUGACUGUCAUUCACAAAUACAGGAUUUUCUUCAGGGCCAAGGGAAUUAUAUUUCUUAAAGUAGGUGAUCUAUUUUCUUUUUUACAUGUGUGUAAGUAAUUUUUGCUUGUUUCAUCCAUAUACUAUGCUUGUUUACAGAGAAGAGAGUAAAAAUGCUCAGUCAUGUUGUAUCUGUGUUUAUUAUGUUAGGUGGCAGUUAAGUUAAUAUGAAAUUGAAACACAAGAAACAAA